GAAGACGGUAAAAUGUCUGCUGGAACAUCUGAGUUCUUCUGUCUGAUCUGUUUACUGGUCUGUUCCUGUACAGAUCCUCUCCAGUUCUGUCAGGUUGGACGGUGAACGUUGGUGGACAGCCAUUCUGAGGUCUCUCCAGAGAUGUCUAUUGGGUUUAGGUCAGGGCUCUGGCUGGGCCAGUCAAGAACGGUCACAGAGUUGUUCUGAAGCCACUCCUCUGUUAUUUUAGCUGUGUGCUUAGGGUCAUUGUCCUGUUGAAAGGUGAACCUUCGGCCCAGUCUGAGGUCCUGAGCACUCUGGAAGAGGUUUUCCUCCAGGAUAUGCCAUAAAGCCCCGACUGGUGGAGGGCUGCAGUGAUAGUUGACUUUUUGGAACUUUCUCCUAUCUCCGACUGCAUCUCUGGAGCUCAGCCACAGUGAUCUUUGGGUUCUUCUUUACCUCUCUCACCAAGGCUCUUCUCCCACCAUUGCUCAGUUUGUCUGGACGGCCAGGUCUAGGAAGAGUUGUGCUCGUCCCAAACUUCUUCCAUUUGAGGAUUAUGGAGGCCACUGUGCUCUGAGGAACUUUGAGUGCUGCAGAAAUUCUUUUGUAACCUUGUCCAGAUCUGUGCCACAAUUCUGUCUCUGAGCUCCUUGGGCAGUUCCUUCCACCUCAUGAUUCUCAUUUGCUCUGACAUGCACUGUGAGCUGUAAGGUCUUAUAUAGACAGGUGUGUGCCUUUCCUAAUCAAGUCCAAUCAGUUUAAUUAAACACAGCUGGACUCCAAUAAAGAAGCAGAACCAUCUGGAGGAGGAUCAGAAGAAAUGGACAGCAUCUCAGAAAAUCAUCCCAGCUAAACAUGGACAGGAUGUCAUUCUACCAUGUAAAGCUCCCAACAUCAACAACAAAAAUGACAUCACAGCUGCAGAGUGGAUCAGACCUGGACUGGAUCCAGAAUUUGUUCUCCUGUACCGGGACGGAAGCUUUGAUCCAAUCAACCAGCAUCCAUCUUAUACGUACCGGGUGGAUCUGCAGGACAAAGAGAUGAAGGACGGAAACUUUUGUCUGAUUCUGAAGAAUGUGAAGAUGGAGGACACUGGAAAAUACGUGUGUCGUGUUUCUCAGAAAGGAAAGACUGAACCCUUCAGCAUCAUCUACCUGAAAGUUUAUCUGUCAGCUCAGGAAAACAUCACAGCUGAACGUGGACAGGAUGUCAUUCUACCAUGUAAAGUUCCCAACAUCAACAACAUCACAGCUGCAGAGUGGAGAAGACCUGGACUGGAUCCAGAUUAUUAUGUUCUCCUGUACAGAGAUGGACACUUAGCUCCAGACAGCCAGCAUCCAUUUUAUAAGAACCGGGUGGAUCUGCAGGACAAAGAGAUGAAGGACGGAGACUUUUAUCUGAUUCUGAAGAAAGUGACGAUGGAGGACAGAGGAACAUACAUGUGUCUUGUUGACCAGAGUGGAAAGACUGAACUCAUCAGCAUCAUCAAUCUGGAAGUUUAUGAUUAUUCCAGGACGACCUUAGGGAUAGUUGGUUUUGUUGUUGGUGUGUUGGUCUGCCUCCUGUCAGCUGCAGCAGUUUACCUUUUUCAGAACAGGAAAGAGAAGAAGACUUUGGAAAGGACAAAUCAACAACUGGAGGGAAUUAAUUCAGAAACCAAGAAUCAGCUCCUGGAGAAGAAACAGAAAAAUGAGAUCCUGGAGUAUGAGCUGGAAGAGUGUAAGGAUGAAAACCUGAAGUCGAUGAAGACUGAGAAAAAACUCAAGACAGUGGUCCAGAACGUGAACAAGGAGCUGAAAAAAAUGAACUGUUGUACCAACUCUAACCCUACUGGGAGCUUUAAGGAGAAUCCACAGGAAGAGAGAAUGAAGACUGGCAGAAAACUGAAGGCAGUGGUCCAGAACGUGAACAAGGAGCUGAUCUGUUGUACCAACUCUGACCCUACUGAGAGCGAUGAGGAGAAUCAACAGCAAAAGAGGAUGAAGACUGGCAGAAAACUGAAGGCAGUGGUCCAGAACGUGAACAAGGAGCUGAAAAAAAUGAACUGUUGUACCAACUCUAACCCUACUGGGAGCUUUAAGGAGAAUCCACAGGAAGAGGAUGAGAAGCUCCAGGAGGAGGACCAGAAGUUGAUGGAGACUGGUAGAAACCUGCAGACAGAACCCCAGAACAUGAACCAGGAGCUGAAGCUAGAAGGACCUAUAACUGUAGUAGAUGUCCACGAGCGGGGUGACGUCAUCUGUCCUCAGAACACUUCCUCUGAGGAGAUAGAACUGGAAGGAUGGAAGUUACAACUACAGAAAAACUACAGAGAACCAGUCAUUUACACGUUUAAGGAGUCAGACAGAAUUCAGGCUGAAGAUAGUUUCACUGUGAGGUGCACAAUUCGGUUCAUCCCACAUCCUGAUGAUUUUCAUCUGUGGCCAGAAAUGAAACGGAGGCCUGAAGACAAAGUGCAGUUCAACCUCAUCAACAACAAAGGAGAGAUCUUCAGACUGCUGGAAUAUGAAUAAACGUGUGAAACAUCAUGUUUUAUGUCCAGCAGAAGGUUGCCAACAUCUCCAUCAUCUAGAUUGAUCCUGUGGAUUGUUGCUGCUGCUGCUGGUCUUCAUCAACUUUUCUGUUGCUUUGUCUGGAAAUAAAUGUGUUCCAAAGCUCUGCAUGUUAGAACCUGAUGAAAUGUUGUGGAUGUAAAGUGUUCUGUCAGAUGAGAUCAGAAGCAGAUAGAAAAGUUCUGAUUGUCCAGAAUGAAGCAGAACUGAUGAACAACUUCAGACUGAACUGGUUUGAAUGUUUUAUCUGUUAGCAGCUCUGAUGAUGCUCUGAACUUUUAACAUGGUAAAGGUGCAGAUAAUAGAAUAUAUUUUUGACACUUUUUUAACUGCUCUGAGUUUCUACAUCAUCCUAUAUAAUGUCUUGUUCUGUUAAUCUGUACAAAAACUUUGUACUCAGUUGCAGAAUGUAAACUGAUGAUCAGAUUCUUCAUAAAGUUCUUGUUUUAAUGUGUGUUUUAAUGUUUUCAGUUAGCAGCUCUGCUGAUGUUCUUACCUUUUAAUGUGGUAAAGGUGUAGAUAAUAUUGUAUAUUUUAGAUAUUAUUGAUAGUUUUUAUACUGCUCAGUGUUCUGUGAGUUUGAUCUUCAUCCUAUAUCAUGUUUAGUUGUUAAUCUACAGAUAAAUGUAGUAAAAUAACAUUGUUUGUUACUGAACUGUAGUGAAGGUUGAACAGAAUAAACAGAACUUCUACUGAUAGAAUGAACUGGGUUACUUCACAGAAAUGAUUGUUUAUCCUGUUACAGACUGUAAAUAAGGAACUUUACUGUAAAUAAGGAACUUUUCUGCUGCUUUUUGUGCUUCAGCUUUGAUUUUAAACUGUUUGAUUCUCUUAGUUCUUGUUCUCUGAACAAUAACACUAAAGUUGAAUCUAAUCAGUGAUCUGUGGUUCAUUAUAAUUUCUAUGUAGAGUUUUAAAGCUGGUUUCGUCUCUGCAGAAGUGAUAAUAAAGGUUGUUUCUGCAGAUUCUGA